UCAGGACUCAUUCAUUCCCGCAGCGGACCUCCGCGGAGACUCACAGCACAAAUGGAGCCGUUUCACAAAGAAAAGUGGACUUUUUUUCGUCUCCAAUGGAAUGAAUUUGUGUAAUUACGGAUACCCUUGUCUCAGCUUUGAACAUUUCUUUCCCGUGAUACCCCAGUGAGGACAGCGGGGGCUGACCGGACCCUCCGUCCACUCACGGCCGCCUCCCCGCGCAUCACCUGCGGCUCGCCUUCCGCGCAGCGCCCGCUGGAUCCCGCGGUGCCGGUGGUUGCAGGCAAAGUUGCGCUGUGGGAUGUUCAGAGUUCUGGCUCUGACUCUUGAUUCUGCAGCGGAGGAGAUGCUGUCUGUGGAGUUCGAUGCCGAGAGCGCAGAUUGCAUGUCAUAAUAAUCACAAUAAUCUGGAGACCUUUUGGAUCCAGCUCUGGUAAAGCUGCAAAACAGCCUGUGGAGACUCUUAUCAGCCUUUUUCCACCUAUGAAAAACCUGAGCACAUCAUGGAAAACCGUCGGCCACUGGUUCCUUUACUGGUUUUAGCUGCACUGGGAACUUUGGUGCAUGGAUCUCGACCCAGGCUGGAGGAUGCAGCCCCUCGGGUUGUAGAACAUCCAUCUGAUCUGAUUGUGUCCAAGGGAGAGCCGGCCACGCUCAACUGCAAGGCCGAGGGCAGGCCCACUCCCAUCAUUGAGUGGUACAAAGAUGGCGAGCGGGUUGAGACGGAUCGAGAGGAUCCUCGGUCCCAUCGGAUGCUAUUACCCAGCGGCUCCCUCUUUUUCCUGCGAAUUGUUCACGGACGGCGAAGCAAGCCAGAUGAAGGCGUGUACGUGUGCGUGGCGCGGAACUACCUGGGAGAGGCAGUUAGUCGCAAUGCAUCGCUGGAAGUAGCAAUUCUAAGAGAUGACUUCCGUCAGACACCCAGUGAUGUGAUAGUGGCAGCAGGUGAGCCAGCGGUUAUGGAGUGCAUCCCCCCCAGAGGACAUCCAGAGCCCACCAUCUCCUGGAAGAGAAACAACAUCCGGGUCAACGAUCGAGAUGAAAGGAUUACUAUACGAGGAGGAAAGCUGAUGAUUUCUAACACCAGAAAAAGUGAUGCUGGCAUGUACGUCUGCGUGGGAACCAACAUGGUUGGAGAAAAAGACAGUGAUCCUGCUGAGCUCGUGGUGUUUGAGAGGCCAAUUUUCACCAAACAGCCGGUGAACCAGGUGGUGUUGGCUGAUGACACUGUGGAUUUCUUCUGCGAGGUGCACGGCGACCCGACUCCGACGAUCCGCUGGCGGCGAGAGGAGGGGGAGCUGCCCCGCGGCAGGUAUGAGAUCCGCAGUGACAACAGUCUGCGACUGACCCAGGUGCGAGCGGAGGACGAGGGCACGUACACGUGCACGUCGGAGAACAGCGUGGGAAAAGCAGAGGCGUCAGGAAUCCUGCAGGUUCACGUGCCUCCUCAGAUCGUCGUCCGGCCUCGAGACCAGAUCACAGCUCCAGGUCGCACCGUAACCUUCCUCUGCGGUACCAAAGGAAACCCGCCUCCAGCCGUCUUCUGGCAGAAAGAAGGCAGCCAGAUCCUGCUGUUCCCCAUCCAGGAGCCAUCCCAGUCGGGUCGGUUCUCCGUGUCGCUGAGCGGUGAGCUGACCAUCACCGACGUGCGCGUGGAAGACUCCGGCUUCUACAUCUGCCAAGCCAUCAGCGUGGCCGGCAGCAUCCUGACCAAGGCCCUGCUCGAGGUGGAAAGUGCACCGUCGGACCGGGUCCCUCCCAUCAUCCGCCAGGGUCCAGCCAAUCACACGUUAGCUCCUGGUUCCACCGCUCAGCUACACUGCCACAUCAUGGGAAACCCCCUUCCCAGCAUCCAAUGGGAAAAGGAUGGCCAGAGAAUCCUGGGAAAUGACGGUCGCAUAAGCUUGAUGGAAAAUGGCACUUUCCAAAUUUCCAACCUCCAGGAAACGGACUCUGGAGUGUACACCUGUCUGGCUUCCAGCUCCAGUGGAGAGACGAGUUGGAGCGGAGUUCUCACUGUCAAAGAGAGCGCUGACCCAUCUGUUGCUCAGACCGCCGAGCCGUUCCAGCUGCCGGGUCCACCGCACAAACCUAUCGUAACUGACGUGUCCAAGAACAGCGUUUCUUUGACCUGGCAACCCAACGCACACGAGGGCGGAGCCGCCGUCACCUCCUACAUCAUCGAAGCCUUCAGCCAAUCAGCAGGCAGCACCUGGCAGACGGUGGCUGACAUGGUCAAGAUGGAGACGCACACAAUCACGGGCCUUCUCCCCAACACCAUCUACCUGUUCAUCGUCCGGGCAGUGAACGCCUACGGCCUGAGCGACCCCAGCCCCAUCUCCGAGCCGGUCAGAACUCAAGAUGUGAACCCCACAGGUCAGGGCGUGGACCACCGGCAGGUCCAGAGGGAUCUGGGAGAGGUGGCAGUUCAACUCCAGGACCCUGUCAAGCUAACGGCGUCUUCCAUCCGAGUGUCCUGGACCGUGGACCGUCAGUCCCAGUACGUCCAGGGCUACCGCCUCUUUUACCGGCCCAGUGGGGGGACGUGGGUCCUACAGGACAUCAACUCCCCCUCUGAGCGCAGCAGCAUCCUCACCAACCUGCUGAAAGGAACCGAGUACGAGAUGAAGAUCCGGCCGUACUUCGACGAGUUCCAGGGCAGGGACAGCCGGACGCUGCUGGUCCGAACCCCGGAGGAAGCCCCAAGUGCCCCGCCCAGAGCUGUAACCGUGACAACGGUGAAGCUGAGCAACGGCUCCGGCAUCAGCGUCUCUUGGGAGCCUCCGCCCAGCGACAUGCAGAAUGGGAUUAUCCAGGAGUACAGGGUCUGGUGCGUCGGCAGCGGCGGCGACAACCAGACACGCUACUACAUCAACAAGACGGUGGACGGCAGCACGCUGACCACGGUUCUGAAGGGCCUGAUGCCAGCGGUGCUGUACCAGGUGGAGGUGGCGGCGGUGACCGGCGCCGGCGUGGGCACUUGCAGUGAACCGGUGUCCGUGCUCAUCAAGCUGCCAGCUGAUCAGCCCUCCGUCCCCGGCGGCAGCGGCGUUGGCACCGGUGACGGCAGCGAGGAGAGCAGCGUGAGUCUGGCCGAGCAGAUCACCGACGUUGUGAAGCAGCCGGCGUUCAUCGCGGGCAUUGGCGGAGCCUGCUGGGUCAUCCUCAUGGGCUUCAGCGUCUGGAUCUACUGCCGCAGAAAGAAGAGGAAGGAGCUGAGCCACUACACCGCCUCGUUCGCCUACACGCCAGCAGUCGGUUUCCCUCACGGGGAUGGAUCGGGACUCAAUGGAAGGCCUGGAGUGCUGGGAGGAAGCAUCGGCAACUACCCCUGGCUGGCAGACUCUUGGCCCACAACCAACUUAGUUCACAGCGGUAAAGAGGCCGUCAACUGCUGCACCACCAAUCACGACACGGCUGAGAGAUACUACAACGAAGCCGGCAUCUCAAACUACCUGAAUCAGACGGAGAAGUACAGCAUGGGCGGCUCCACCGAGGGCCCCAUCUACAGCACCAUAGACGCCACCAGCGAGGACCUGCACGGCUUCGCCUACACCCAGAACACGACUCCGUACGCCACCACCUCCAUCAUGCCCUUCACCAACCAGACUCAGGCUCCAGCUCAUACUGGCGACCAGCAGGACAACGGCCACUGGAUCACACAGCCUGGACCCUCCGGGGCCCAGUACGCUCAGCCGGACCGCUGCAGUGGUAAGCCCAACCAGAAGGCGAUGGGUAAGGCUGUGAAGACCCCGUCUCUGAGCUGGAUGGAGGCCCUGCCCCCCCCUCCACCCGCCGGAGACUUGGAGCAGUGCGACGAGGACGAGCAGCCGCUGGAGCCUGAUGACACGGACGUGGGCUCGGAGGAGGAGUGGUGUCCGCCCCUCCCAGAGAGGACUUACCUCAUGGAGGGCUGUGAGAAUGGGCUUCCUCCUCCUCAGAGGAACGCCUGCUCCCCAGCCACCUCCUACAGCCACCAGUCCACUGCUACGCUCACCCCGUCCCCCCACGAGGAGCCCAGAGACCCCCAUGACCUCCCCCACCUCAACCAACUGGAAGGCCAGCAACCGCCACGCAGAAGAUUACCCUGCGGUCCAGUUCCAGUUCCCCAGGUGCCGAGCCCCCCGCUCACGCAGUCCAACCCCAACCUCUCGGGCCAGCAGCGCCACGGCUCAUCGGAGGUUGGCACGCAGCAGUGCCAAAGUCACGCCCACCGCGGCCUCCACAGCCAGGGACCAGCUCGGAGCGAGGACGAUGUCGGCGUCAGCGCCACCACGCCUGUGCACAGCCGCUCCUCCCCUGCAGAAACAUGCACUCCUCCCAACCAAAAAUCCCGGUCGAAGAAGAAGGUGUCCAAGAGUUCAGCAUAUAGGCGAGAUAUUCAAGGAGACCUGCCCCCCCCUCCGGAGCCCCCUCCAGAGGAGGACCGGCUGCAGGGCCCCCCCGGCUGCGUGGAGCUGAACGGCGUGGCGGCCGGGGCUCCGUCGUCCCUGGAGAGGAGCGAGUACAGCAGCGUUGGACAGCAGCGGAAAGGCUCUGGACAGCGACACACUGACAAUGAAGACAUGGUGCUGUACAGCAGUAAGGGCGGCUACCUGUCCAAGAACCAGAUGUCCGGUAGCUACUCAACUACAGGAAGUUCCUCAUCCAGAGGCUCCACCGGCUCCCGUGGGCUCAACUCGGCCAGGAAACACAACGAGGAGAUGAGAUAAGGACCCAGUGGCUCUGCCGCCUCCAUCGCCGCCUCCAUCUUUUCCACUGUGGACUAAAUGAAAUAAACAAGAAGCUAUUGCUUUUCAGGACAUGUCAUUGCUGUGAAAGAAAGAACAGACUUUACGAGCUGAUUUUUGAUUAUUUAUGAGUUUGACUUCGCCUACCGUCCAUAUUUUGUAAAUACAUCUGUCUGUACUGUUCUUCUGUGGGCUCUUGAUACAGGGAAAGUAUAUUGUAUUUAUGAGGAUAAAAAAAUUACAAAUGUUAAAAAAAAAAAAAGCCUGUUAUUAAAAAAAACAAACAAAACGUCUUCUUGAAUGUGCCAACAUUUUUGUCCAUAUGUAUAGUUUCUGGAGAAGCAUUAACUGCUGUUGCACUCUUGUUGUCCUGGAAAAACAACAAAAUCUGAAGCACAAGUGAAGUUAGUUUGAAGGUGGAGAGGUGGAGCCGGAAUAGCCAAAACGACGUGGAAGGACGCCUGCGGCCCGAGCGUUCCCUGUCUGCAGAGUCACUUAUGAAUGUCGAACUUUUCUGUUUCCUCCUGGGUUCGGUGUCAGCUGACAGACGGACGGAUGGAUGGACGGAUGGAUGGGCUCCGUGAAAGUUUGAUUGUAAACCCCCUCAGUAUCUGGGAGAUUGUUUGCUGCAGAUAUACAUUUUUCAUAUUCUCCUAAAACCAACAGAAACAUGUCUGUGGACUGACCUUUUGUA